UUUGUUCCGUUAACUCAGGACCAAAAAAAUAACCCCAUAAAAACCGGCGUCAACCUUUUUCCGGCAAAUCUCGCCGUCAUAUGUCUCAGAGGCCCACCGUCCCCCAUUCUUCUUCCACAGCCUUCGGCCUCCAUUCCCAUCUCCUGGUCUCCAGUGAGAUGAACCCUAGCUCCAAUUGGUCCCCUCGUUAAUAAUCCCAUCCGUCCAUCCAAUCGGGUCUCUCGUUUUUCGGGUUUUCCGGUGAAGCUUCAUUCGGCCCAUCAAACAAAGGAUUUUUCGAUCCAAAUCUUGGAUUGUAAAUUUUCUUAUUGAGAUCUGAUUUCAAGAGAAAAUAUGGGCGUUAAGGGUUUUGUCGAAGGCGGCGUAGCUUCGAUCGUGGCGGGCUGCUCCACCCACCCGCUCGACCUGAUCAAGGUCCGCAUGCAGCUCCAGGGCGAGUCCGCCGCCCCCAAACCCGAUAUCCAGGCUCUCCGCCCCGCCCUUGCCUUCCAGAACACCACCUCAUCCCAGGCGGCCCGUGCCUUCCAAGCUCCUCCUGUGGCGGCGGCUGCUCGUCCUGGCCCCAUCUCCGUCGGGGUGAUGAUCGUCCGGCAGGAGGGCGUGGCCGCCCUGUUCUCCGGCGUCUCCGCCACGAUCCUUCGGCAGACCCUCUACUCCACCACCCGCAUGGGCCUCUACGACAUCCUCAAGCAGAAGUGGACCGACCCCGGGACCGGCACCCUCCCGCUGACCCGGAAGAUCGCCGCCGGGCUGAUGGCGGGUGGCAUCGGCGCCGCUGUUGGAAACCCGGCCGAUGUGGCGAUGGUACGGAUGCAGGCGGACGGGCGGCUCCCGGCAGCUGAGAGGCGGAACUACCGGAGCGUCGGGGACGCGAUCGGCCGCAUGGUGCGGGAGGAGGGGGUGACCAGCCUGUGGCGGGGUUCAGCCCUCACUGUGAACCGGGCCAUGCUCGUGACGGCCUCCCAGCUGGCGUCCUACGACCAGAUCAAGGAGACCAUACUUGCAAAGGAGGUCAUGCGGGACGGGCUCGGGACCCACGUGACGGCGAGCUUCGCCGCAGGGUUCGUGGCUGCCGUGGCCUCCAACCCCGUGGACGUGAUCAAGACGCGCGUGAUGAACAUGAAGGUGCAGCCGGGCUGCCCGCCGCCGUAUUCGGGGGCCAUGGACUGCUUCCUCAAGACGGUCCGGUCGGAGGGGCCGAUGGCGCUCUACAAAGGGUUCAUACCGACGAUAUCGAGGCAGGGACCGUUCACGAUCGUGCUGUUCGUGACGCUGGAGCAGGUUCGGAAGCUGUUCAAGGAUUUCUGAGACCUUACUUCGGCGCCGGAAGGAUGAUGAUGACGACGACAAAAGAAUUUCUAGGAAUUUAUUAUUAUUAUUAUUAUUAUUUAUCGUUAUUUUGUUGUGUUGUCAUUUGUUCCGUAAGUUUUGGAAGGAAGCUUAGCUCCACAUGCCCGAACUUUCAUUGUUUUGUCACCCAUUUCAGUGUAUUUAUCUUGCCAAAUAUAUCUGAAUAAAUAUUGGCCAAAAGAUAUAUAUGUGAAUAAUUCAAAUUCUCUAUUUUGUUGA